AUGAGCAUAACUGUGAAUGGGCAAUCCCAGGUGCCUCCAGGCUUCAGAUUCCACCCCACUGAGGAGGAGCUUUUGCAUUACUACUUGAAGAAGAAGGUUUGCUCUCAACAAAUUGAUUUGGAUGUUAUUCAAGAUGUUGAUCUCAACAAGCUUGAGCCUUGGGACAUUCAAGAAAAGUGUAGAAUUGGGUCUACUCCACAAAAUGACUGGUAUUUCUUCAGCCACAAGGAUAAGAAGUACCCGACAGGAACGCGGACCAACCGAGCCACGGCCUCUGGUUUUUGGAAGGCCACGGGCCGCGACAAGGUGAUUUACGGGAGCUCGAGGCGUAUUGGGAUGAGGAAGACUCUCGUUUUCUACACGGGCCGGGCGCCACACGGACGGAAGUCCGACUGGAUAAUGCACGAAUACAGGCUGGACAACAACAGUUUGAUCGCGAGUGGUGUGAUUUUUGACGAGCCGAAGAACGUCCGGAACACGAGUAUAGGUGACGGGACAAUGCACGACGAAGCAGGGUGGGUCGUGUGCCGAGUGUUUCGGAAGAAAAGCCACGUCAUCAGCCACAAAUCGCUAGCCAACGCCGCCGCCAGCUGGCAAGCGGGCCCCACCAUGGACUCGUGUGGCGACGAGACGUUGGAGCAAAUCAUCCAGUCGAUGGGCGGAAGCCAGCUGGCAAACCACUUGAAACUCCCGAGCCUGCUCGAAAGCCAAACCCCCAAUUGCUACCAACCGCAAGAACUACUUAUAACAACAACGAACGGUCGCAAAGAAGAAGUUACGAAAAAUUGUGAAGUCGAGCAGUCGGGAGUUAUUAAGGAUUGGGCUGCCCUUGACCGGCUGGUCGCAUCUCGCCUCAAUUGCCAGGCGUACGAUGCCGAAAACGUUUCACAAAACGAGGCCAACGAAUUUGCUCGUGAGAUUAAUGUCGAAAGCUCUGAAAUGAAUUUCUGCAUUAGUGACAAUCUUGAGGAUGAGGAUGAUAAGAAUGAGGCAUCUAAUGAGCUAAUUUGGAGCUAUGAACGGUACUCUAAUGAUCACCAGCUCUGUCAUCUGCCAGGCCACCAUAUUUAA